UACCUUGUUUCAGACAGAAUGGCCGGGGAUCCAAAGUAUGCAGGUCUACCUGGGAUAGCCACGGGUCAACCGGAUACAUUCGAAACAUUUAGCGAUCAUGAUCUUACUGGGGAUGAAGAAAGUGAGAGUGACCAAUCCGAAACCCUUCAUCUGUCCAGCCUGAGCUGGUUGGGAGGAGACCUCGUGAUUGCUGGAGGAGAGGAGAAAGAAACCUUGAUUCAGAAGUUUACCCGGCUCCGUUGUGAGGUGACAGAGUUCUACGAGGAUCUGAACAGUAUGGCGGAGUCGGAGACAGGGAACCUUGCUGGGCUCCACAAGCAGGUUUCACAGCUCCAAGAGCAGCUAGAGGUUUGUGUUGUUGAUCAGGAUGGAGCUGCAACCUCUAAUUUAGUCAACCAAAAGGAAUUGUUGGAGAACUUGAAGAGGCAAAUAGAAGAUAUUUCUCGGAGUACCGGAGAAACUAGUGCUACUAACUCUGCCUCUUAUGAACUGUAUCUUCCGGUUUCCGAACCUAUAACUCCGGAAAUUUUAUCUAGAUUGGACCAAAGACUCUCUAAGCUUGAGAAAAUGGUUGGACCUGAUCCAUUGAUACGACAGAAGGUUCUCUCCGCUGGUACUGAUAGUCUACCUGUAAUCGAAGCAGUCGAGAUACUAGAGAAAAGGAAACCUUUAUUACGUCCUGAUCAUUUAUCUCAUAUUGAAGGACGGAUUGCUUCUCUGGGUACAAAGUUAAACGCGUUGAAAGAUAAGAAAGAUAAAGUGGACUCAGCAAGGACUGCUAGUGAGGUUUCCAAACUGUAUGAUGCUCUGGAGAGCAGAGAAGGUAUUGUUACCGUCCUACCAGAGGUUCUGGAGAGGUUACAGGAUCUCAAGGAACUACAUGAUAGCUCACGGAACUGGAAUUCUCGAUGCUCCGAGACAAGCACGGACCAGGAGAAGACAGAGUCCUUUCUCGCUGAGAACAGAUCUCAGAUCGUUCGAACCCAGAAGGUGCUCUCGGACGGAUUAACGGGGGUGACGGAGAAGAUGGAGAAACUUCAAGCAUCAUUACAAUCCCUUCCUGCAUAAUCAACGAUUGAUUAAUGUUUGCUUGUCCUUAGAAAUGAAAAACUUUAAUUAUU